AUGCCGUUGAAGCUGUGUGGACCGCUCUCGAAUCAACUGGACGAUGACAGGGCCAUGCCUACAAAGCUCACCAGGCCUCUACCAAAUCUCCCGCCUCAGAAACCCAAGAUCAUCGGUCUAUUUGGCCUUUCUGGAGCUGGAACACCAUUCCCCCUCGACCAGUUGAAGAAAGAAAUCGGGGAAGGAAUGUUUGCAUUCUAUGAUGCCAGCCAGGAUCUCGAAGCUGUUUGUCCCGGUGGACUGAUAGCAUACAAUGCCCUCAGUUCAGAUCAGAGGCAACAAUAUCGCGAUAUCACCGUUGACACUUUCCAGCAAGAGUGUGCGAAGAAGGGUGUCAUAGGAGUGGUGAUUCGCUACUUAACACUCUGGGAUGAAGACAACGAAUGCUUCUCCAUCACCCCAGCAGCGGAUGUGCAAGCGCAUACCCACAUCCUCUACCUGGAAUCGCCCUUUGUCAAAUCUUCUCAGAUUUCAGAACACUCCUCGCAGAAGUCCUCCCAAGACGAGAUAGGACAGGCAAAAGUCAAGCAUUGGGAUUGCUGGCAGAAACGAGACAUAUCCUACUUGCGUCGCUUCUGUCAUAAGCACGACAUCACCUUUACAGUCCUGACACCCCACCUGGCCACCGUACCCAAGGUAAUUAGCCUUAUGAAGAUUCUCCAGGUGUCUGGCCAGACCCACAACAGAAGAUCUGUCAAAGAACAGUUGAUACGUAUCAUGCAAACUCCUCGCGCGGAGCGGGUGGAAACUGUUUUGCUGUUUGACGCGGAUGGAACUCUUUCACCCCAGGACAGCGAAUACCUGCUGUGGUGCCAAGUUCCUUGUCAACUUAUGCCGCUGGGACUUCAGAAUAUCCCUUCAAAGGCGACAUUAAGUCACGUUACUUCUACGUACAAGGACUAUCUCCAGACAGCGCUGCUGCAUGAGGAAGUUUUUGACGAUCAGACGUUUGCUGAUGUUUGCCAGGAGGUUGCAGCAGCUAUCCAAUUGUAA